ACAACGAUUCUUAUUUUAAAAGUGAUUAUACACUAAUGAAAACAUACUUAUAAAUAUUAUAUUCCAUUUCUACCAAUAGCUCCUCCUAAAUGUGACAUACUGGACCUUUAAGUUAGUUGGCACCCCUGAACAAAGCUAAUCUCCAGUGGUGGUGGAAAUAUUCAGAUCCAUUACUUAAGUAAAAUGGAGGAAGUCUGAAUACAAGAGUCUUAACUGAAGAGAGUCAUAUAUGCAGACAAGCUUAUUUUUGCGUUCGUAAGAAUAGAACAUCUGCCAUUUCACUUCAUUUAGCAAGAGGACAAACCAAUGCAGAGACUGUGGAAGGACACUUGGUACCCUAAGGUGAAAGCUGACUGAGAGACUGCGAUUGUGGUACAAGCCAUGCUUUGUGAAGGCAGAUUGUUGAGCAUGACCUAUGGUGAAUUGGAGGAGCUGGAUCCCCUCCCUCCUCAGAAGGCUCUCCAGAGUGCUUAUGGGCUGCCGAGAGCAGCUGCUACCCUCAUGUCAGGCUCCACCAGACACGCUCCACUCGUUCAUCACAAUUACCCUGAUCAGACAGGUUGUGAGGACAACUGGAGUGCUUCAGUGGAGUUGUACAUUUCUCCACUGCAGUCCCAGGAUUUCCACAGAGCCCAGCCAGGCAGGCAGAUCUCUCCAGAGAUAGAGAUCCCAGCUCAGGCUCACUCAGGUGGUGAUUCCCCUUUCUUGGUUCCCUCCUUCUGUCAGAGCAUCUGCCAAAACUACAGCGACCUCCAUAUUGGAGGCGACCAGGUGCUGCCUCUUGCAGCCAAUGAUGGUGAGCUCCGGCUCUGUACUGACGCCCAGGCUGUCGGCCCCUUCCUCCAGUCCUGUGAUGUCCUUCCAGCUGUGGAGGAUUCUCCCCCAGGACAGACAUCUCAGGGUGGACUUCUGCAUCCACUGAGGGGAGGUUCAAAUCGCUGGAGACUGGGGAGUGCCCGUGAUCGGAGCUUUUUGUUCCAGGGGCGUGAAGGUCCAUUCUCCAACUCUCUUCUAAAUCACUAUCUGGAGCAGAAACUCUUGGAUUUGUACCAGCAAUACAUGAUGGAGAACAUGGCCAGGGAAGGGGCCCCUGGUUCGGAUUCUGACCCAGGCCCCAUUUGCCCUCUGCUGGGCUCAGAGCUGGUCCUGACCAGCCUAGACCAGAUCACUUUGCAGCUGAGUCGGGAAGGGAACCUGGAGGCCAGCCUGGCCAAGGACAUGGUCCUCAGCUGCCUGCUGCGGGUGGCUGGUGACAUGCAGUCAAGUGAGCUCAGCACUCCCUUUCUGCAGAUUUCAAAUGAGGCAUCCAGAGAGCAGCUCACAGAGAAUAAAGAGGAGUAACCCCAGUGUUAAGGAACUCACUCAUCCAAUUCUCCCUUUUAUUUUAGUUUUAUCACCAACAAAUAAGAUCAAACCACAUUUCAUUAAUAUUGUUCUUUUAUAAGCUAUUGAGAGGAUCAUGUUGAAAGCAAAUUCUGUAUGUGAUAAUGCAAUUAGCGUAUGUGCAUGUGAUGUGAUGUGAUGUGAUGUUACUUUCUAAAGGACAAUAAAAACAGGAACUGAAAAUUGAAA